CUCUGUGUGUCGACUGUUACAAUCAUGCUCGCCGUCGCCACCCGCGCUCCCACCCUCGCCACUACCGCGGGCUCCCGCGCCGCCGUCGCCGGCACGCGUAACGCCCGUGCCGUCAGCGCCCGCCCCGCGAUGGCCGGCCGUGCGCGCACCGGGAUCUGCACCGGAACCCCGUCGAGCCACGGCAGGCGCCUCGCCGUCCGCGUCCGCGCCUCCGAGGAGUCGGACACCGCGACCGAGGUCGCACCCAAGGUCGUGGACGCUCCCCCCAAGUCCAAGCCCGGCGUCGGCAAGCCCCCGAUCAACCCGCUCUUCCUCGCCGCUGGCGAUUUCGCCGCGGCGGUGCUCAUCACGCUCGUCGCGCGCGGCGUUGCCGGCGAGGACGUCAUCUCCGCGGGUACCGUCGCGGCCAUUCCCCCGUUCGUGGUGGGCUGGGUCGGUGCCGGGUACCUCGCGGGUGACUACGAUGCGGAUUCGCCCAACGCGGCGCUGUGGGGUGACGCGCCGCGCGCGAUGACCACCGGAGCGCUGACUUGGUUCUCCGGCUCGGCGUUUGCCAUCCUACUUCGCAACGCGGAGGGGUCCAUGAUGCUUCAGGCGCCCGUCAUCAACGAGCAGGUGGAGUUCGCGGGUGCGCUCGGGCUCAUCUGUGCCUUCCGCGCGGCGGUCGCCAUCGCCAAGCCCGGCGCCUCGGACAAGAUCUGAGCGUCGGUUACGACGACGUUGUUAACACUGAGUUCAACGUCGAGGGUUGGUUGGUCGGCGAGUUGGCUACGCCGCGGCUCGGGUCGGGGCGGGGGGUCCGGGUGCAAACGCGGGCGCGGGACGGCGCGGACUCGGAGGCGCGUGUAUAUCAUCUUUAAUACGAAACAUUCACCGUAGAUU